CUGAUCUCCCACACCAUGAUCCACUGGGCCCAGGAGUCGUUCAUCCAGAACCCUGAGCUGGUGCGUCUGAUGUUCAGUCUGCUCCACAGACAGUACGACGGGCUCGGCGAGCUGAUCCGAGCUCUGCCCAAAGCCUACGCCAUCAACGCCAUCUCCGUUCAAGACACCAUGGACCUGCUGGAGUGUCUGGGACAGAUCCGCUCGCUGCUCAUCGUCCAGAUGGGUCCUGAAGAGGAGCGGCUCAUGAUCCAGAGCAUCGGGAAUAUCAUGAACAACAAGGUUUUCUACCAACACCCGAACCUGAUGAGAGCUCUUGGCAUGCACGAGACCGUCAUGGAGGUGAUGGUCAAUGUGCUGGGUGGAGGAGGGGACUCUAAGGAGAUCCGGUUCCCUCAAAUGGUGACCAACUGCUGUCGUUUCCUGUGUUACUUCUGCCGAAUCAGCCGACAGAAUCAGCGUUCCAUGUUUGACCACCUGAACUACCUGCUGCAGAACAGUGGCAUCGGCUUGGGCAUGCGCGGCUCCACGCCUCUGGACGUGGCUGCUGCCUCCUGCAUCGACAACAAUGAGCUGGCCUUGGCUUUGCAAGAGCAGGACCUCGAGAUGGUGGUGACGUACCUGGCCGGCUGUGGGCUGCAGAGCUGUCCGAUGCUCCUGUCCAAGGGUUACCCCGACAUCGGCUGGAACCCCUGCGGAGGAGAGAGAUAUUUGGAUUUCCUGCGCUUUGCCGUCUUCGUUAACGGAGAGAGCGUGGAGGAGAACGCCAACGUGGUGGUGCGUCUGCUCAUCCGUCGGCCCGAGUGCUUCGGCCCCGCCCUGCGAGGAGAGGGGGGCAACGGUCUGCUGGCCGCCAUGGAGGAGGCCAUCAAGAUCUCCGAGGACCCGGCGAGGGACGGACCCACGGUUAAAAAAGACCGGCGGUUCAUGUUUGGUGGCGAGGGGCAGCACGAGGAGAACCGCGUCCAUCUGGGAAACGCCAUCAUGUCCUUCUACUCGGCGCUCAUCGACCUGCUGGGACGCUGCGCCCCCGAGAUGCACCUGAUCCAAGCAGGUAAAGGUGAAGCUCUGAGGAUCCGGGCCAUCCUUAGGUCCCUGGUGCCCAUCGAGGACCUGGUGGGAGUCAUAAGUCUACCUGUACAAAUACCCGCCUACGGCAAAGACGAUCAGAUCAUCGAGCCGAAGAUGUCUGCCAGUUUUGUGCCGGACCACAAGGCUUCCAUGGUUCUGUUCCUGGACAGGGUGUACGGCAUCGACAAUCAGGACUUCCUGCUCCACGUGCUGGAGGUCGGCUUCCUGCCUGACAUGAGAGCUGCAGCUUCCCUGGAUACAGUGGCCUUCAGUACCACGGAGAUGGCCUUGGCUCUGAACCGCUACCUCUGCUCAGCUGUGCUGCCUCUGCUCACCAAAUGCGCCCCGCUGUUUGCUGGGACGGACCAUCGGGCCAUCAUGAUCGACUCCAUGCUUCACACCAUCUACCGCCUGUCCCGUGGCCGGGCCCUGACCAAGGCCCAGAGGGACGUCAUUGAAGAGUGCCUGAUGUCGCUCUGCAAGUACCUCCGACCCUCCAUGCUGCAGCACCUGCUCAGAAGGCUGGUGUUCGAUGUUCCCAUCCUCAACGAGUACGCAAAGAUGCCUCUUAAGCUGCUGACCAAUCACUACGAGCGCUGCUGGAAGUACUACUGCCUGCCCAACGGAUGGGCGAACUUCGGAGUGACCUCUGAGGAGGAGCUGCAUCUUUCUCGGAAACUCUUCUGGGGAAUCUUUGAGUCACUGGCACACAAGAAAUUCGAUGCCGAGCUUUUUAAGAUCGCCAUGCCGUGCCUGUGCGCCAUCGCCGGCGCCAUCCCUCCCGACUACGUGGACGCCAGCUACUCCUCUCACACCGAGAAGAAGGCCUCAGUGGACGCCGAGGGCAACUUUGAUCCGAAACCUGUCGAGACCACCAACACCAUCAUACCGGAGAGGCUGGACGCUUUUAUCAACAAAUACGCAGAACACACCCACGAUAAAUGGGCUUUUGAGAAGAUUCAGAACAACUGGACUUACGGAGAGGUGUUGGAUGAGAAUGCUAAAACCCACCCGAUGUUACGGCCGUACAAAACCUUCUCUGAGAAGGACAAAGAAAUCUACCGCUGGCCCAUUAAAGAGUCCAUCAAAGCCAUGCUGGCGUGGGAGUGGACACUGGAGAAAGCCCGGGAGGGAGAGGGGGAGGUCGAGAAGAAGGCAUCCACACGCAAGAUCUCCCAAACUGCUCAGGCCACCUACGACCCCAGUCAUGGCUACAACCCUCAGCCUAUAGACAUCUCAGGGAUGGCAUUAUCCAGAGAACUGCAGUCCAUGGCUGAGCAGCUGGCAGAAAACUACCACAACACCUGGGGCAGGAAGAAGAAGCUGGAGCUGCAGGCCAAAGGUGGUGGCACCCAUCCUCUGCUCGUGCCUUAUGACACCCUGACGGCCAAGGAGAAGGCCCGGGACAGGGAGAAGGCCCAGGACCUGCUGAAGUUCCUGCAGCUCAAUGGAUAUGCUGUGACAAGAGGUCUAAAAGACAUGGAGCAGGACAUUUCCUCCAUCGAGAAGCGUUUUGCCUACGGAUUCCUCCAGAAGCUUCUCAAAUGGAUGGACAUCGCCCAGGAGUUCAUCGCUCAUCUUGAGGCCGUGGUCAGCAGUGGUCGUGUGGAGAAGUCUCCACACGAACAGGAGAUCAAAUUCUUUGCAAAGAUUCUCCUGCCUCUGGUCAAUCAAUACUUCAAGAACCAUUGUCUGUACUUCCUGUCCACUCCUGCCAAAGUUCUGGGCAGUGGAGGGCAUUCGUCCAACAAAGAGAAAGAGAUGAUCGCCAGUAUCUUCUGUAAGUUGGCAGCUUUGGUGAGGCACAGAGUCUCUCUUUUUGGAACCGACGCUCCUGCCGUAAUAAACUGUCUGCACAUUCUCUCGCGCUCACUGGAUGCCAGGACCGUCAUGAAGUCUGGUCCGGAGAUCGUGAAGGCCAUCUUGCGCCAGUUCUUUGAGAGCGCUGCAGAUGACAUCGAGAAAAUGGUGGAGAAUCUGAAACUGGGCAAAGUGUCCAGCAGAAAUCAGGUUAAAGGAGUGGCCCAGAACAUCAACUACACCACCACAGCCUUACUGCCAGUCCUCACUUCACUCUUUGAUCACAUUUCCCAGCAUCAGUUUGGAGAUGAUGUCAUUUUGGAUGACCUGCAGAUAUCCUGCUAUCGAUUAAUGUGUAGCAUCUAUUCUUUGGGAACGGUGAAGACUCCACAUGUUGAAAAACAGCGACCAGCUCUUGGUGAGUGUUUGGCUCCUUUAGCAGCUGCGAUGCCGGUAGCGUUCCUGGAGCCAUGUCUGAAUGAAUUCAACGCGUUCUCCGUUUACACAACCAAGACUCCAAGAGAGAGAACCAUUCUGGGACUUCCCAACCAAGUGGAAGAACUUUGCCCCGACAUCCCAGAGCUGGACGUCCUCAUGAAGGAGAUCCAUGACCUGGCAGAGUCCGGAGCUCGCUACACAGAAAUGCCCCACGUGAUUGAGAUCACUCUGCCCAUGUUGUGCAACUACCUGCCGCGCUGGUGGGAGAGGGGUCCAGAGAACUUCCCCGAGCAGGAGGGCCAGCUAUGCACCGCCGUCACCUCCGAGCAGCUCAAUCAGCUCCUGGGAAGCAUCAUGAAGAUUGUGGUCAACAACCUGGGCAUCGACGAGGCCUCCUGGAUGAAGAGACUAGCAGUGUUUGCCCAGCCCAUUGUCAGCAGGGCGAAACCAGAGAUGUUGAAGUCCCAUUUUAUUCCCACGAUGGAGAAGCUGAAGAAGCGCGCAGGAAAGGUGGUGGCAGAGGAGGAGCACCUGCGUAUGGAGGGCAAAACAGAGGUGGACAGCGAAAACGGGACCAUUCGGGAUGAGUUCGCUGUCCUGUGUCGUGACCUGUACGCCCUGUACCCUUUGCUCAUCCGCUACGUGGACAAUAGCAGGGCACGAUGGUUGACGUGUCCGGACCCCGAUGCAGAGGAACUUUUCAGGAUGGUUGGAGAGGUUUUCAUCUUCUGGUCCAAAUCACACAACUUUAAGAGGGAGGAGCAGAACUUUGUGGUGAUGAACGAGAUCAACAACAUGUCCUUCCUCACCGCUGACAGUAAGAGCAAGAUGAGCAAGGCCGGAGACGGAGAGUCCGGAGGCUCGGAUCAGGAGCGCAACAAGAAGAAGAAGCGGGGGGAUCGGUACUCGGUGCAGACCUCCCUGAUCGUAGCGGCGCUAAAGAAGAUGUUGCCCAUCGGCCUCAACAUGUGCUCUCCUGCUGAUCAGGAGCUCAUCAAUCUCGCCAAGCUCAGAUACUCUCUGAAAGACACAGAUGAGGAGGUGAGGGAGUUCCUGCACAACAAUCUGCACCUGCAGGGCAAGGUGGAGGACCCGGCCAUGCGCUGGCAGAUGGCUCUUUAUAAGGAGAUGGCAGGAAAGGCCGAAGAUGCCGAAGACCCAGAGAAGGUGGUGAAAAGGGUGCAAGAGGUGUCGGCAGUUCUUUACCACAUCGACGUGACCGAGCACCCCUUCAAAUCCAAGAAAAUGGUUUGGCACAAGCUGCUGUCCAAACAGCGCCGCAGGGCGGUGGUGGCCUGUUUUAGGAUGACGCCGCUCUACAACAUCCCCACGCACAGAGCCAUCAACAUGUUCCUGAACGCCUACAAGCGGAACUGGCUGGAAACAGAGGGCUACUCGUUUGAAGACAAGAUGAUUGACGACCUGUCA